AUGGCUACACAUUUCAGCUCAUUUGCAGCAGAGAUGAGGGCCCUUCACCGUGAACCACCUAUGCUAGACCCACCCAAAAGCAAUUAUAGACCACCACCAUCUUAUGAUGACACUAAGGAUGACAAUGAUUUGGUGCAAAUCCGACCAGCUAGGCUUGAAUUUCCUAAGUUUGAAGGUAUGGAUCCUAUCGAUUGGCUUUUCAAGGUUAAUCACUACUUUAAAUUUCAGCAAACCCCUCCGAAUCGUAAGCUCUUCUUAGCCUCUUUUCACAUGGUGGGAAAAGCCUUGGUAUGGUACCAAGAUAAGGAGGAUUCGGGAUUACUUACUAGUUGGGAGGCUUUUGUUAAGGCUUUGUUGGCUAGGUUUGGUCCUCAAUCUUAUGAUGACCCGAUGGAGGCUUUGACCAAACUUAAGCAAACCUCUAGUGUUGAAGCAUAUAAGGAGCAAUUUGAAUUCCUCUCUAAUAGGUUGAGAAGAUUACCCGAGGACUAUAGGUUGAGCUGUUUCAUUGGUGGAUUGAAGGAUGAAAUUCGAUUUUAUGUCAAAACCCUAAACCCCCUUACUAUUCCACAAGCCUAUGGCAUUGCUAAGUUACAAGAGGAGCAUCAAUGGGCUCUCAAAAAGUCACUAUUCCCCAAAACUCACCAUCAACCAGCAACCACAACUCACUCUCAGCCUUACAACCCUGCUAAUUACCCAAAACAGCAGCCUAAACCCAUAACCACCAACCAAAUUACCAAAAUGACUCCAAAUCAGCUGAAGGAAAAGAGAGAUAAGGGCCUAUGCUUCAAUUGUAAUGCCAAAUGGCACCCGGGUCAUAAAUGUGGGGGCUUCAAAUUAUUUUUGCUGGAAGGCAAUGAGCUCAAUGUCUUGAAUGAUCAGGUGCAUACGUUGGAGGAAAUUUUGAAUGAGGGAGAGGAAGGAGUAAUGAAAAACCAUGAUGAAUUGCUGGCUGAUCCGAAUAAAGGAAACACACCUAAAAUUACUUUUCAUGCUAUGGUUGGAUCUAUUAGUCCCAAAACUAUGAGACUUGUGCGGAAAAUUAAAGGGGAGCAAGUGAUUCAGGUGAGGGUUGCUAAUGGGCAAGAAGUGACUAGUGAAGGAAGGUGUUUGAAUCUUCCCAUAACCUUUCAAGGGUAUGUGGGGAAAGUGGAUGUGUAUUUGCUGGUUUUGGCUGGUUGUGAUAUGGUGCUGGGAGUACAAUGGCUUAGCACUUUGGGUCCUAUUCUAUGGGAUUUCACUAAAAUGACUAUGCGGUUUACUUGGAAUGAUAUACCAUUGGUGCUACAUGGAUUAACAUCAAAAAACUUGUUGGAGGAGCAAUUGUUCUACAAAAAGCAUCCCUUGGAGAGAAGGGGAGUGAUAUUACAGCUGCUGGACCAAGCUAAAGAGGAAGAGAAAGGAGCUGAAGAUGAUGUUAUUUCUGCAGUUUUGACCAAAUUCCAGCGUGUCUUCGAAGAACCUGAAGGGUUACCACCUAGAAGAGCUCAAGAUCAUGCCAUACCUUUGAUUGAGGGAGCACAACCAAUUUGUGUUCGACCUUACUGUUACCCAUUUUUUCAAAAAGAAGAGAUAGAGAAGAUUGUCCGGGAGUUGUUGGGAUUAGGCACUAUUCGGCCAAGCCAAAGCCUAUUUUCUUCCCCCAUUUAG